CAAGCUUCAAGUUUCGCGCCUUUCUAGCAACCCAGUUUCUGCUCCUAUUACCAAUUGCUCGCUAUAUUAUACUGCUGCGAUCACGAUUUUGCUCCUUUGCGUGCCUGGAACCCCUGUCGUCCCACGUGCAAACACUCCGGAAACGCCUGCCCCGAGGGGCCUCCGCUGGCUACACCAGUAGAUACAAAAAUGGCUCCCACGCGGCGAAAUCUACUUCCCAAGGAGCGUUUCAGCUUUACCUUCGGAUCGCUGAGGACGCAAAGCUAUCAUGAUCCGGCUGCAAAGGGACCUGGCUCUCAUACAAUACGCUCAAUCGCAUGGAAUCCUACCGGGCAGCUCGUUGCUACAGGUUCUGCCGAUCGCACCCUUCGAAUAUGGAAUCCGGAGCGCUCGCAACCUAGAUAUUCCACUGAACUACGCGGUCAUACAGCGGGCAUUGAGAAGGUUCUCUUUAAUCCGGCGCGCGAUUCAGAGCUAGCAAGCUGCUCUAGCGAUGGCACAGUACGGAUAUGGGAUGUACGCUCAAAAACAUGCGUGAGCCGUCUAGAUGUCGGAGGGGAAGCAUUCACUUUAAGCUGGUCGGCCGACGGCAAGGUCCUUAUCGCUGGAAGAAAGGAUGACACCCUUGUACCGAUAUCCGUUGAAUCGCCUUCAUCACCAAAUAUCCCUGUCAGUGACAACACCUCCAAAUCGACCAUAUACAAGACUCUCGAUUCCCACCCCCAGCCAAUCCAAACCAACGCAACCACAUUCUCCCAUCACAUUUCAACCAACGAGUCCCCCAACCUCCAUCUCUUUGCAACGACCGGCGAAGGCACCGUCAAAAUAAUGUCCUACCCCUCCUUCGAAACCCUCCACACCCUCUACGCCCACACAUCGGCCUGCCUUUCUAUCGCCCUCGCCCCAACAGGCCGCUAUCUCGCCGUCGGUGGCAGCGACGCCCUCAUCUCUCUCUGGGACACAACAGACUGGAUCUGUCGCCGCACUGUCUCAAGUAGCAAUGGCGGCGCGGUGCGCGGGGUAAGCUUUAGCUUCGACGGACGCUUCGUUUGCGGCGCAUGCGACGAAUCCGGUUGUGGCGGGAAUGGAAUUGAAAUCUUCCACGCGGAAACAGGCGAGAGUGUGCAUACAGUGCCAACAGGUGGAGGAUCAAAUACAGGUAUCUCUGCUGUUGCGUGGCAUCCGUCAAGGUAUUGGUUGGCUUAUUCGACAACCGCGGAUUUCUCGGGCCCGGGAGGGCUGAGGAUUGUAGGAGCUGCCGGUGGUGGCAAUUUAUAGUGCCGAUUCCAUCUGAAUGCGCCGAUCAUGAGCUUAUAUUGGCCAUGAUAAAUGUACGGGUAUGAUAACUGUGAAUGGGUGACAGUAUUGCCCUUAUUUAUACAAUAUAUAUACUACUAUUUGAGAAGAUGAAAAUGAAUACAAACGUAACAAGCCUACAUAUAAUUUGCC